CAUUUGCGGAAGCGAAAGUGCAGAGAACGUUGAUAUUUUCAUCAACAUCUGACGAACAACUCUGUUAACUACAAAAGAGACUUCUGUCAUAACAGUAUCGACAGUAUGUCUGUCGCAAAUCCGAAACAAACAGUAAUUAAUCCAACGAUUCCUUAUGCUGGGACCAUCCUGGGUGGACUACAUCCCGAAGAGAUUGUGCUCAUUCAGGGCAGUGUGCCCAGUGAUGCUGACAGAUUUCAGAUUGACCUGACCUGCGGGAGCAGCAUGAAGCCUCGGGCAGACGUGGCCUUUCAUUUCAACCCUCGCUUCAAGAGGUCGCCUUACAUUGUCUGUAACACACUCGAGAAGGAGCGCUGGGGACGGGAGGAGAUUCAUUACAUGAUGCCUUUCAGACACGGUGCUGCCUUUGAGAUCAUCAUACUCCUACAGAAAGAUCUUUUCAAGGUGGCAGUGAAUGGCUCUCACCUGCUGGAGUACAGGCACAGGUUAGAGUUCAAGAAGGUGGAUACACUAGCCAUAUCUGGGAAUGUUCAAAUUCAGGCCAUUGGAUUUAUUCCCAGUUCAGUGAGUAAGAGCCCUGUCACAUCACCAAAUGCAGCUGAGAGCAAAAGGUUGCAGUCUUAUACUGUCAUGUCAGAGUCAGGUGACCUGAAUCUUCCAUUCAAGAGCAAACUUGUGAAAGGAUUGAGUCCAGGAGAUUCCAUAAUGGUGAAGGGUCGGAUCGGUGCUUCCCCACAUAGUAGUUUUGCUGUAAACCUGCACAUCAGUAACUCAGAGGACAUCGCUUUGCACUUAAAACCUUGCCUCAAGGCUGGAGUUUUCGUCCGAAACUCUUUCCUGUCGGGAUGUUGGGGGUCAGAGGAGCUCUCCCUGUCCAGUUUUCCCUUCUCAACUGGCCAGUACUUUGAGAUGGUCAUCUUAUGUGAAGCACAGCAGUUUAAAGUGUCAGUAAAUGGGCUCCACCAGCUCAGUUAUAAGCACCGCGUGCAGGAUCUGAGUCAGGUGGAUGAACUGGAGAUACUGGGUGAUCUACAGCUGAAUGAUGUCAAGAUGUGGUCCUUCACGUGUCUGGCCACCAUUCACUUGCAUUGAAAGGACCAACCGAGCUGAGAUAUUCUUCUAAAAAUCUUUGUUUGCGUUCUGCAGAAGAAAGAAAGUCAUGCACAUCUGGGAAGGCAUGAGGUGUGCUGAUGGGCCGCUGUACCUUGUAUGUUUACUGUUACAAUACUGCUACGAAUGUUGUCUAUGAUGCAAAAAUUGGGGCUUGGGGCCAAAAUGGUUGUUUGGGGCCUCACGUCACUGACUAUCCCUUUAAAUAAUAAACUUUGGUAUGUACUGUAUGUCAUCCUGUACUGUUUGUGCUAUGGACAUGAAUGAAUGAUACCCCAAAUCAUGUGGCAUGCUGACUUACAAUUUUCUCCUUGCAAACAGGUGAAAUAAUCCCUACAUUGAAAAAAAAAACGUACAAUGAAGGAGGGGUCUGAGCCGUAUCAAGGGAACAGAAAGUCCUAAAGACUUGAGGGCAAGCAAAACAAACUACACUAGCAAACACAUAUCAGUACACUAAAAACCACUCACAACACCCUAGCAUUGUGACAGAAAGUUUUGCACGGGCAAACACAGUGUAAAAAUCAACAUAUCUUUCUUGACUUAUUAUUUGAUGGACUGCCAAAAGUUACAACAUGUUCACACAAAAUUGGAUGAAAAAUACUAAAUUAAUCACUUCUACAUGUCUCUAGUUCUAUGUCCAAUAUUCUGAAUGCAAUACUUUUCUGUACUGAAAGAUGAGAUGUUAGGGGAGGGUGUGGGAAUAUUAAAUUGUUGUUAAUAUUGGUCUGCAUUUAUGUUAUUUGUCUGAAUAAAAU